GCUCUCCGCGUUCGCUCACACAGGCUGAGCAGUGGUUUCCAAUGCACAGGAGGCGGACACGGUGGCCGCUCCCUGGUUCUCACUACUUCUCAUAGGCUGAGAGGUGGAAAUAUCUGUGUGAAGUUAAUGCAGUUUCUCUAAGCAAGGAAAUCCCACCACAAUUCUGGGAUCUGCCGGCACAACAGUAGAUGGUAUUGCGCUCGUUUUCUAAAAGUUGCUGUGCGGGACAGAUUGCCAUAUUACCUAGCUGUAUGGAUUAUGGGAUACUAAUCAUGACUCAGGGUAAAUAUUCUUGUGAUGCUAACUGAAAAAUAGAGAAAAAAAUUCAAGUGACAAGCCCUAAUUACAGUGGUGGUGUGUUCUUGGCAGUGUAAGAUAUGCGCUGUGAAAUGUGCUUCCUGGAAAGAAUUUCCAAUGCUGAAAUGCUGACAGAAUCCGUCGUCUUAAUCCAGUCUGUAUUCUCUCACCUGAUGUGUUUUGCUGAAAGUAGCUUUAUUCUUUUCUGCUCCUUUGGGUGAAAGUGAGUUCUGCUUCCGAGUGGUUUUUCUUACACACCAUCUUUUUCAUAUUUACUUUUAAUUCCUCUUUGGAAAUAUGCAGAAAAAACCUACUGUGGAUAAUGAAGUAACUGAUACGCAAUAUGCACAAGAUAGCUGAUCAGCAUCCCUGGAUUUCGCUUACUACACAGGAAAGCUUUGCCUGAAGAUGGAAACACUGGAGUCUGAACUGACCUGCCCUAUCUGUCUGGAGCUGUUUGAAGAUCCACUGCUGCUGCCUUGUGCUCACAGCCUGUGUUUUAACUGUGCGCAUCGCAUCCUUGUCUCCCACUGUGCCAACAACGAAUCCGUAGAAUCUAUUAACGCCUUCCAGUGCCCCACCUGCCGUUAUGUCAUCACACUCAGCAAGCGUGGCUUAGAGGGGCUAAAGAGGAACGUGACUUUACAGAACAUCAUUGACAGAUUUCAGAAAGCCUCAGUGAGCGGGCCCAAUUCACCUAGUGAAACGCGUCGAGAACGUGCUUACGAUACCACUAACAGCAUGACAUCAAGCGAAAAAGUACUCUGCCAGUUCUGUGAUCAGGACCAGGCAAGGGAGGCUGUGAAAACCUGUGUGACCUGUGAAGUUUCAUAUUGUGAGGACUGUUUAAAAGCUACUCACCCAAACAAGAAACCAUUCACUGGUCACCGACUAAUUGAACCCAUCCCAGAUUCUCACAUAAGGGGGUUAAUGUGCCUGGAACAUGAGGAUGAAAAAGUUAAUAUGUAUUGUGUGACAGAUGACCAGCUAAUCUGUGCCUUGUGUAAAUUGGUUGGGAGGCAUCGAGAUCAUCAAGUUGCUGCCCUUGGUGACAGAUACGACAAACUAAAGCAAAGCCUGGAAAGCAACCUUACCAACCUCAUCAAAAGGAACACAGAAAUGGAAAUUCUGUUGUCCAAGCUCAUUCAGACCUGCCAGCAGGUGGAGGUUAAUGCAUCACGACAAGAAGCAAAAUUAAUGGAGGAGAGUGACCAACUGAUUGAAAUUAUUCAACAGAGAAGACAAAUAAUUGGAACAAAAAUAAAAGAAGGAAAGGUCGUGAGGUUAAGGAAACUGGCCCAGCAGGUUGCCAACUGUAAGCAGUGCAUCGAGCGCUCCACAUCCCUGAUCUCACAGGCAGAACAGUCUCUAAAGGAAAACGAUCACGCUCGCUUCCUUCAGUCAGCCAAGAAUAUCACAGAAAGAGUCUCAAUGGCAACAGCAUCUUCUCAAGUGCUUAUUCCAGAAAUCAACCUGAAUGACACAUUUGACACAUUUGCAUUGGAUUUUUCAAGAGAGAAGAAGCUGUUAGAAUGUCUUGAUUAUCUGACAGCUCCCAAUCCCCCUGUAAUCAGAGAGGAACUCUGCACUGCAUCCUACGACACCAUUACUGUGCAUUGGACAUCUGAGGAUGAGUUUAGCGUGGUUUCCUAUGAGCUGCAGUAUACCAUCUUCACUGGACAAGCUAACGUUGUUAGUUUGUGUAACUCAGCCGACAGCUGGAUGAUUGUUCCCAAUAUCAAACAGAACCAUUACACAGUUCAUGGUCUCCAGAGUGGCACCAAGUACAUCUUCAUUGUUAAGGCCAUAAACCAAGCUGGAAGUCGCAACAGUGAACCUGGCAAGCUAAAAACCAACAGUCAACCUUUUAAAUUAGAUCCCAAGUCUGCUCACAGGAAACUUAAGGUAUCACAUGACAACCUGACCGUAGAGAGGGACGAAACCUCUUCAAAAAAGAGCCACACACCAGAGCGUUUUACAAGCCAAGGAAGUUAUGGUGUUGCUGGCAACGUGUUCCUCGACAGUGGCCGGCAUUAUUGGGAAGUGGUUAUAAGCGGAAGCACCUGGUAUGCCAUUGGCAUUGCCUACAAAUCUGCACCCAAGCACGAGUGGAUAGGGAAGAAUACAGCCUCUUGGGUGUUUUGCCGUUGUAACAACAACUGGGCUGUAAGACACAACAGUAAAGAGAUUCCUAUAGAGCCAUCUCCGCAUCUUCGCCGCGUUGGGAUCUUGCUGGACUACGACAAUGGCUCAUUGUCUUUUUAUGAUGCUUUGAACUCCAUUCACCUCUACACUUUUGACAUUGCUUUUGCACAGCCCGUGUGCCCAACCCUCACCGUGUGGAAUAAGUGCUUAACAAUUUUAACAGGUCUCCCCAUACCUGAUCACUUGGACUGCCUAGAGCAACUAGCAUAAUGCCACUGGGAAUCCACUGCAACGUCUACAUGUCAGACUGAGUCUACAGAGUGACCGGAUCUCAGAUUUGUUUUAGAAUUGUUCAUCAAUACCCAAGCAAGAGCUUGCACAGGACCUAUUACACGUUCACAGGUUUCCCCAGUUAAAAAAAAACAAACUUUGAGGGUUUAUAAAUUAUUUAUGAAAUGAUUUUAAUUAGUUUUGUUUUCUGUUUUGCACAUUGAAUGGUUUGUUUGUGGGUCUUUGCGUUCUGAAUAAUUGGGAAAUUCUGAAAGUGGAGUUUCGGGCCUACAUAGGGUUUCAUAUAGCAAAUCACUGCUUUGGUCACAUUAACAUUCUCACUUUGCAGGGUUUGCUAAAACAAUGUUAUGUUGUUUACAGUCUAUGUAUCUGUCAACUCUGUCUUCUCAUAAGCAAUUUGCAGCAUAUUAAUACACUCCACAAAAAGGGCUUUCUUAGUGAGAAAGAUUAGAAGCGUUAAACCAUCAAAAACUAGAAUUGGUCCAAUGUUUUCCACGUGCUGCUUAUGUUGCAGUGUUGACAUUUGGUGCUCCAGUAAAAGAAUUUAUCAGAUAUCGCCCACCAUUAUGCUGACCCAGUCCUAUACAACUCAAUAAGGAUAAACAGAAGUCAUAGAAGAGAAAUUCUUGGUUAAUGGAAGUCAUGCAAAAAAUGCUGUGAAAUUGCUGAACGCCAUAUUUCCUGUGAUUUUCCCCAUUGAUUAAUUCCGCCUCCCAUUAUACAAAAAGGGCAUGCAUGCACACACAACUCAUGUUCUCAAAAUGAGUUGAGACUGGGAGAUUUUACAUUAGGCUUCACUGCAAAUGGAAUGCAGUUUUUAUCAUUGCAAACACCAUCUGCAAGUUGGACCUACAAAGAAUCUGUGAAAAAUCUAUGAAAGAAGCUGUUUCAGUUUCCUUCUUUGUUGCUCAUCUGUUUAGUAUGGAAGCACAGUUACUGGGGUUGAAAGAAGACACAUCUAUGAAGUUGUUUUCUAGAAACCUGUUUUUGUAUUAAUAUCCACAUUUCUUUUUCAUGGGCCAUGUGCAAAUCUAGAUGUUGACAUUAAGCUGUCGCACCAGAGUGUGAGGCUUGUGGUUUAGUGCUGUGCAUAACCAUUUAUUGUGAUUCCUUAUGGUUACAGUAGUCUGACAGAAACACAAACAGGUGACAGUUGACUUUCUUUGUAUAUUUGCUUUUUGGCAUUGGUUAGUGUCCUUAGACUAUUACCCUGCCCAACACAGACAGCCCCAUUCCUCCUAUCAUUAACACAAAACCAACCAACCUAAUUUUCUAUAUUGUGGUACUUUCAGUGUGAUAGUAACUGCACUAAAAUUCAGAAAAACACCACAUCGAUUAUUAGAUUAUGUCCCAAACCCCCAAACUUAAAAACACUCCACACAUAAUCUAAAUGACAUCUAUGUUGGGUAAUAGUUAUUCAAUAUCUAAGUGCCGUCCAAACUGUUCCAAGCAGAUAUACCACAUACCAGGGGCCCAAUUAUAUACAAGCAAUAAUGUCAUAUAAAGAAGUCUCUGAAACAGCCUGGGAUCAUACAAAUCCAUUGCAGAGUUAUAUCCGACCCUUGUAUCUCCAGCCUGACAGCCCUGUAAUAAGCACUAUUUGAAGUUAAAACACUAAUAAGGGAAAAACCUCCAAAGAGUUUAUGCUUUCCUUCUCUGUGUUUCUUUUUGGCAAAUACAAAGGGGGAAUGAUAUAAUGGGUAUGGCAUCUCUUGGAGCCUGGUGCCAAGAACUUUAUUUAAACCCUUUCAAGGCAGGAGACACAAGACCAGUUUGGGUUGUAAUGAUAUUAGUAACAUCCUAGAAUAUCUUUAGAAUUCCUUUUACCAAACACUGUUUGUUCUUACCUUUGCCGUACACUCGUAUUCUGUUCCUUAAAUCAGUCCUGAACUUUAUACUCCUGUAAUUUUAAACUUCUUUGUCUUAGGAACUGACAGUUUACAACCGGGAAUAAGACAGAUUGCAACCGUAAAAUGUGAUCUACAAAACACUAUAUAAACAUGUCUUCUAUUAAAUGAGCAUUUAAUCUGCUUUUGAAGUACUUUAUGUAAGCCACGCUCGCUAUCUCUUUAUGUGAAAAUUGCCCUCGUAAAAUGGAAGGAGAAUGCAGUGACACGUCCUAUUAAUGAAAGGCACAUGUGGAAAAGAAGACAUUAUUCUGUUAGGUCCGAUAUGUUUACGAGAAAUAUUUAUGCAUAUAGCAAUUUGUUUGUGUAAAUUAUUAAUCUGGGCGUUUGUUUUUUUCUGUGAUGGAUUUUGCAAAUUCCGUUGUAGAAGGAAGCCAGGAAGAAAAGGGAUCUUUUUUUAUUAGUUUAAUAAUGGAAAUUUUUAUAGGCUUUUUUUUUUUUUUUUUUGUCCUCAAAAGAAAGAAAAGAAUACAAGCUUUCUGAAACUGGUGCCUCACUUGUAGUAAAUCUUUUUAAGUGUCUGUUGAAAGGGCAGUUUAAUGCACUUUGUUAACAAAUAGGUUUUAGGUUAAAGGGUAACAGCUUCAGAAUUCCUAUAAGCUGACUACAGAGGUACAGAAAUGUACUAAGAUUUGCCUUAUUUUUAAUACCACUAUAAAAGUAACCCACGAUCAGGAUUGAUUCUAUUUUUAUAGCAUGCCAAUUAAUCGCCUACUUUUUUGAUAUUUUGCUGGUAUUCCAAUAAAACUGUAUUCUGUUUCAGUGAAGAUAAACUCACUAUUUUCCGGAUACUGUUAAGUACUAUUCUUAAUUUCCCUUUGAUCCAUUUACUUACAUAGGUGCAAAGCUGCCUUGGUGCAGUAGGUCCAUUCCAACCCGUCAGCAAUUAUCUGCCAGCCAUCUAUUGUUGUUAGAAUAAUGAAAUUCUGUUGGGUUGCUGUGGCUUAACUGCACGGGGGUAUCAGUGAUAACUAAUGAAUCUUCUACAUCUAAGGGCCAUGACACAUGGAUUAUUAGUCCAAGCAUCUUGUUUGUUUAACAUUGUUGGUUCAACAGAACACACGUCUUGGCUGUUAUUCUAGUUUGUCAGCAGAGUUUUUUCCUUCAUAAUUCCUUAGGGAAUUUCACUAGUGGACAAAAAAAUCAACAAGAGAUCACUUGUAAGAGACCUUUUGUGAUGUUUGGAGAGAUGAAGAAUCUGCACGUGUUUAGUUCAGGCACAAAAAUGCAUCAACACAGUCAUGUGACAUGGCCCUUCUGAUAUAAAUAAACAUAAACUUGUAUUUCAUAGAUCUAAUACAUAAGGGUGUGAACAUUCUAGUAAUUGUACUAAUAACAGCAAAAAUGCAUAGACUUUUAGCACAUUCUUGCAAUUAGCAAAUCCUGCAAUUAUCUAGUCUAUUUAUGUAGCCGUCAGAGCGUCCGUGCUUACCACAUGGACACAAAUAAGAAAAGCUUGCCCCCGUGAUGAGGAUUUUGUGUCUGUAAGCUGCAGUGGAAACUGUAUUUGGUCACAGUGUUUGCAUAGCAACAAAACUCAACACAAACGGAACCAGGAAAUUCCUACUGAGCUUUUGGAACAAUAGAGGAAUGAUAAUAUGAACUCAAUCAGCCAAGAAUGGGAUAAAUUAAAUGAGCAACUGCGACAGUUAAAGUGCAAGCAAGUGCUUUUGGGAAAUGAGGAAUUCAAUUGCAAACUUAUUUCUGGAUUUCCAAAGAGUCUUUUGAAUUUGUUGCGGCCAGAAAUAUAUGCAUCUUAUGAUGGAUUAUUACAGCGCCCAAUAUAGUUUGGUGCACGAGGAACCUUUCAUAACGUUCAGUUCACUCUCUGGGACCUGCAUUUGUCUCUGUUGUGGAUUUACCCCCCUACAAAGCACAAGCCAUUGUGACAGCAGUCGGUUUGGAACAAGAAGAUAUUUGAAUAAUCUGUAAGCAGUUUCAGUUCUGUUUUGUUUGCAAUUUUGUAUUUUUAAAAAAAGCCUGUAUUAAAUCUAAAUUUUAUUUUAAAUUCAAA